AUGAUUUAUCGGAUCCAUGAUGUGUAUGACAAGAUGUUGAGCUUGACUGGGAAUGGGAUGUUCUGGACAAGAAUCGUUUGGAGUGCUUGUGUUAUUCCUAAGCAUGCUUUCAUUACUUGGUUAGCAAAAUUGAAUAGAUUAAAAACAAAGGAUAGGCUUCACCACAUGGGGAUUGUGAACUCAGAUAGAUGCCUGAUAUGUGAUAAUGCUUCAGAAAAUAUCUGUCAUUUGUUUUUCUCUUGUUAUUACAGCAAGAAAUGCAUUAUGGUAGUUAAGCUUUGGCUGGGGUGGCUCUCGAAUGCUGAGAAUAUACAUGAGCUUCUGAGAUGGAUUGCUAGAGGAAAGCAUCUGUCUCGCUUCAGAAGGUGGAUGUUCGCUUCUGGUUUAGCGGCAACUACAUAUCACUUAUGGAGGGUUAGAAAUCUUGCCUUAUGGGAGGAUAAAGUACAGAGUAUUGAUUGUACAGUUAGGCAUAUUAAAAGGGAUGUUAAGAAUAGAGGGUAUAAUUUUGUGAAAAAUAGAAUUUCAGAAUCAGAUAAAAUUUGGUUUGAGGAUUUAAUUGUAUAG